CACCAACACGAAUUGGUAGAUCAACAGCAACCGUUGAAAAACAAAAUAUGUCAACAAAUCCGAAUAAUGAAACAAUAGUUCUUGUCAGUAAUCUGCAACCGACAGUGACAGAAGUCGAUGUUAUGGAAUUAUUUAGUCAAGCCGGUGAUAUAAGUCAAAUAAGCGUAUUAAAUCGUGGAUGUAUUCAAGUUUUUUAUAAGAAUCGUGAACAUGCUGAGCAAGCAUGUGCUAAAUAUCAUAAUCGUUUAUUAGAUGGUCAAUUUAUGUAUGUUAGUGUACAACAACCAGAUACUGAAUUAGUUCCAUUAUUAUCAACAAAAACAGCGUCGACAAAUAUUGGAUCAUCUUUAGCAGCGACAACGGCUUCUCAAUCGGCGACAAUGACUACGACGAUGAUCAAUAAGCAUGCACAAGGACAAUCACAACAAAAAGACAAUGGUGUCUUAUUGACAAAGAACUUAAUCGAACAAAAAAAAAUUCGAUUUUUCAGUAUAUCAUGUUUAAAAUAUUCCGCAAAUCAAUCAGCUGUCAAAACCACAGAUUCUUCAGUUGGCGAAAAUGAGAAAAACGAAAAAGUAUUGAUUCCAACCCCAUCACCAUCAUCGUUUGUUCCACAAUAUGAUCCAUAUUUACCCGAGCCAACUGGUAUCAAGUCAUCGAUUUUUGAAGAUUUUUAUCUUAUUUAUCGUUUUCCAUAUCAGGUACAAUUACGACAAAUACAAUUUAUUAAAUUAGGACAAUGUUUUGGAUUAGCAGUAUUUUUACCUUAUUAUACAUAUGCUUAUUAUCUCGGCACAGUAACAACAUUUAAUUUUUAUCUUGGACUAGGUAUAGUUGGGAUGUCACUUGUAUCCUUAUUUUCAUUUGGCUAUUUUGCCACUCGACUAAUCUGUUAUUUAUAUACAACGCCGUUGUGUGAACGUGUUAUUAUUACAUAUGUUGACUUUUUCGGUAGACGAACAGAUAUGGAAAUACCUACCAUUGAUAUUGUGCCAAUCAAUGAAAUUGAAACACCAGAUCGAUUUUUUUUACCGUUUAAAAGAUAUUCAUUACAAGGUAUAAUGUAUUAUUCGUUAAAAUGGGGUGAUAUAUUUGAUCGACCUCGAUUCAAUCGUGUAUUCUCAGGAAUAAUUACAAAAGAUGUUAAAGAUUGGUGGUAG